AUUUUACGAAUUCACAGUCAUAGAAGUAUUUCAGUUCACUCAAAUAUCAUUAAAAUCAUGUUAUUCUAUUCCACACAGAGUCUCAAGAAUGAAACAGAAAGGAACAAAGACAGUCAGGAAGUGAAAACUGAUGCUGUAGAAGUUAUUUCUGAUGAUCUGACUCUAGGGGUAUACAAAGGUCCUCUACAGUACAAAGUUUGGAAGGAAAUGCUAUCUGUCCUCAUCCCUGACCUGUCUCUUCUGACCCUGGACGCUAAUACAGCACAUACCCAUCUCAUUCUGUCUGAGGAUUUGAGUAGCAUGAGAUGUAGCGACAGACCCCAGCUCACUGAUAAUCCUGAGAGGUUUGUUUACUAUACAAGUGUGCUGGGAUCAGAGGGGUUCACAAAAGGAAGGCACUACUGGGAAGUGGGGGUUGGGAACAAGACGUCCUGGCAUGUGGGUGUUGUCAGAGAGUCCCUCUGCAGGAAGGAGUUCAAAUUCCCAGCCCCUAAGAAUGGAUACUGGAUUCUGCAUUUGAGCAAAGGAAAUUACAGAGCACUGGAUUCAUCAGUGAAAGUUCUCAGCCUGAAUGUGAAACCUCAGAGGAUAGGUGUGUACCUGGACUAUGAGGAGGGACAGGUGUCAUUUUAUAAUGCUGAUAACAUGUCUCACCUCUACACCUUUAAUGAUACCUUCAGUGAGAGACUCUACCCUUACUUCAACCCCCAUCUUAAUGCUGAGCCCCUGACACUGUUUCACCUGAAAAUCUAAUGUGAACUUGCAUGUACCAAGGGUUACUGUGAUUGAAACUGCUGAUAUGUUUAAAUGUCUGUGCAAUAAACAUCUCCCACACACAA